AUGGGUUUAUCGCAAAGCACAGAUGAUAAUAAAUGCAUUGAAAAAAUGGAAGUUGUCGAAGGAAGCGGAAAAGGAAGUUGUUCAGCUGCAAAAGGAAGCACAAAAGGUGUGGAAGUUGACGAUGUUCAGAGAUUGCUACUCAUGGUUGUGAAAAUGGCUGACAGACACUUGGAAAUCGAAUUAAGUCAUUGUAAAUCUGCCAUUAAUUUUUAUAUAUCAGCUAAGUGUAUCAGAGAGCUUUUGGUGGGUUUUCAUUGGCUUGACGUGUCUAUUCUGCAAGUUUGGUGCACGUAUAUUCUUCGUUUAUGUAUUGAUAAUUCAUCAUCAGAAGUGUAUGGAUUUAUGGACCCUGCUAUGUGUAUACAUUAUGAUGAUGUCCCGAGUUCUGCAACAAAGGUUAGAAAUUACAUACAAGAUAAGUUAAUGAAGGAAGACAGAGUUUGCCACCUCCUACCACUUAUUCAUGGAGAUCAUUGGCAAUUAAUAGUCAUGUGUCCAAGAGACAAUAUUGUGGUUGUCUUUUGUUCACUUCAUCAUGGUAUUGAUAAAGACACGAAGAAAAUUGUUUCGACUGCUUUUGAGGUUCAUCAAUUUGCAAAUUAUGGCAAUAGAAAAAAGGCUACAUGGCAUAGACCCAAUACAAGGAAACAACAUAACUCUAAUGAUUGUGGAUACUAUGUGAUGAAAAAUAUGUUGGACAUUGUCUCUGCAAAUAUAACUGGAUCUUGGAUGCAGGUAUUUGAUGAUCCUACAGAAUUAAUACAAGAAGAUUCGUAUGAUUUGCGACUCCGUUGGGCAAAAUGUUUCUUUGAGUUAUAUAAAGGAUAA